AUGGGAACUCAAUCCGCGCCACGUUCCAAAGCAUACCUUCGUGCUCCUCCUACCGCCGACGUCCUUUUGCUAUCCAUUUUUGCACUGUUUAUUGACCAACGUUUUCUGUAUCACCGCCAUCCCUCUCAACUCUUCCUUACCUCCGCGAACCCCUCCGUCGUCGUCGUGGACCACGCCGCCUCCAUUUCUCAGUGCGGCAUUGGGCUCGGCGCCAUUCCCGCAGGCGCCUGGGAGCUCGACUGGGGUUCUGGAGUGGCUGAGCUGCCCAGGAAGCCCUUCGACGACCGGGAAGAUUCGAACCCAACCCUCUCGCCUCUCUACACCACCGGACCUCACGCUGGACACGAACCCGGCCGCACUCGCCUGCCCAAGACUAACUCUCGCCUGCUCCGCCUCGCUUUCGUCUGUCGGACGCUCCUGUCGCUUAUCGCCUGA